AUGUUCAUGCUCUGCUUAACCCUUUCCCAUUCUUCUCCACAGAUUCCUGUCAUGGGAGGGGCUUUUAUGGAUUCAUCAAACGAAGAGUUUAGUACAGAAUACUCCUUGUUUAACUCAUCGGCCAACGUCCACACCGUCACUUCUGGGCCAAACCAACUGGAAGAACCACCUCGUUCUUCCAAUGAUGUCAUCUUAUUAUGGAUUGCCAUAAUUGCCACCAUCGGGAACAUAGUGGUGGUAGGUGUUGUCUAUGCCUUCACCUUCUGA